UUGUGAAGUUCCAGCGCAUUCCUGUCGCCUCCUCCAUAGUAACAUUCCCCCAUACUAUACUACCCGCCUUUCACUUUCUUUUCAUCCUGUCUUUACUCUCUCUUCAACUUCUUUUUACCCUCUUCUCACCUUCUUCUUACCUUAUUUUCACCUUAUUUUCACUUUCUUCUCACUUUCUCUUUAUCAUCUCUUUACUUUCUCCUUGCCUUCUCUUUACCCUUUUUUUACCCCCUUCUUACCCUGUCUUUACUUUCUUCUUGCCGUCUUUUUACCCUCUUUUUACUAUGCUGAAAUGUGUCCGGGCGCCCCAGAGCAGAUUACCUAUGUUCGCAAAGUAGGGGAGUUUGUAGUCUACUUGGCCUGCUUCAGUGGAAGCUAGAGAUCUAGACAGUUUGUGUACUAGGGCCUCGAACUCAUGGGGACUAUUGUACUCACAAGCCAUACUCAGAAACAAAGGAAUGUAACCGAUAUAUGGGAAGCGUCUGAAGCCUCCUGGUCGCCAAGCAUAUGCAUGGUUGUUGUCGUUAUCCAGGCCCUUCAAAGAUGAGCC